AUGAUGGACCAGAGGGUCAUUCGUGGACUACCCAGGGAGAUGUCAAUCAAUGACGUCAAAGAGGGUCUAGUGAGCCAAGGUAUCGCAGACGCGGAGGUUCAGCAGAUGACCUCAAGGACCACCAAGAAGCCCCUUCCGCACUUCCUCGUCAAGACGAAGAUGCCGGAAAAGCUUCUAGAGAUCCAGAGGCUGGCCAUGCUCACGGUCAGCUUCGAGAGGAAGAAAAAGUCCACCGAGCCCAGCCAAUGUUACCGCUGCCAGCGGUACGGGCACACACAGCGGAACUCCCGUCUCGCUGAACGGUGCGUUAGGUGUGGAGAGGACCACAGCAGCACCAGCUGCAGUCUGCCAGCGCCGCCAACAGGUUAA